CACGACAACCACAGUGUGUGUCACCAAUCCAAUCGUCCGUCUGCGUCUCUUACUGACGACAAAGAAACCAACCGCGAAGCCAAAAUCUCGUUCUCUCGAGGGCGUCUCUCUCUCUCUUGCAUUCCAUCUUUACUAGCUUUCAACUUCGUUCGUACCGUCCAUAUAUAGCGAAUUGAAAACUACCAUGAGAUUGACUCUUCCGCUCUUCCUCUGCGUGGCGGGCACACAAGCCUUUGCUCCCGCAAGUCGUUCCUCCUUGGCGCUGCCAUCGGCGGCCACUCGCUGGACACGUUCGACGUCCGGUACAACAACGGCUCGGUCCUUUGGUCUCGAUCCUUCCGUCUUUCACGAUCUUCCUCAGCAAAUGAGCUUACUACAAGACGCCUUUUCCUCGAUAUCCGUGGCCGAUGCCGUUGCCGCCACGGCGGACGUGGCGCAAGACGUUGCGGCCGAGAGCGACAGUGGCUGGUUUGGUUUCUUAACCAUCCCCAUCAAGCUUCUUCUGCAGGCGAUCCACUCCCUCUUGUUGACGGUAGGCUUGAAUACUAACUCGUGGGGCGUGGCUAUUGUUCUACUGACGAUCUUGAUCAAGGUCGUUACUUUUCCUUUGACCAAAACUCAAUUAGAAAGCACCAACAAAAUGCAAGCCAUGCAGCCAGCGAUCAAGGAGCUUCAAGCCAAGUAUCAGAGUAAUCCCGAGGUCAUGAAUCAAAAGAUUGCCGAGUUUUAUCAAACGAACGAAAUCAAUCCACUGGCUGGAUGUUUACCCAGUAUCGUCCAGAUUCCCGUCUUUAUUGGCCUGUAUCGUGCCGUUCUCGAGCUCGCCCAGGCCAACAAACUGGACGAGUCCUUUUUGUUUUUGCCCAACCUGGAGGGACCUACCUACGGAGCGGAGCCCGGCUCGGCGGCUGACUGGAUCUUGAAGGGAUGGACUGAUGGGGUCCCUUCUUUGGGAUGGCCAGACACCAUCGCCUUUCUAAUUCUUCCUGUCUUUUUAGUAAUCUCUCAGUAUCUCUCUAUGGAACUUAUGCAGCCUAAAACGGACGACCCCGCUCAACAGCAGAGCAACGCUAUUCUCAAGGUCUUGCCCAUCAUGAUUGGUUGGUUCUCCCUCAGCGUCCCUGCCGCUCUUUCCGUAUAUUGGGUCAUCAACAAUAUUAUCACGACCGGUACUUCCUUAAUUAUUCGAAACAGCAUGAGUGUGGAGACGGUGACACCCAGUGGUACCGCUACGGCGAGUGCCCCUCCCCGAGCCAACCAGGCCGACACAAUCUUUUCUCCGCCGCGUGAUAAGCCGGCAGGCUUUGGUGAUGCGUCAGGCUCUUCCAGCGCGGCAUCGGACGGAGUCAAACCCCUGACCGCUAUUGAUGCAGAAAUCGUCGAGGAGAAAACGGGUGGUGGCACCAGUGAGGACAACUCAUCGAAGAAACGUGGUGGCAAGAAAAAGCGAAAGAAGAACUAG